AUCAAUGAUAAAAGUGAGGUGGAGAAAACGGGUGAAAUCACUACGCGCGUUGACAACGAUAUCGCGAUACUUGCUGCGGGGUGUUAUCAAACUGCGAUAACACUGACGCAUCUCUUAUCACUUGCGCUGCAUAAUGUACAACGGACGCUACGACGCACGUUAGCUCGUAUAUAUGUGAUAUAUAUAUAUAUGUAUAUGUAUAUGUACGUAUGAAUUCAAGUGUGUGUAGUACAUAACUAACAAUUCCGUGAUAUUCUUUCUCGGGAGAUGUACAAGUUACAGAAACUAAUACGAGGCUUGUCACAAGGAGAGACAAUGUAAAGUGAAAUCGACAUCGGCUAAAACCGGGGCCGUAAACAGCUGGUUAGGGUUAGGUUAUCUCGUCAGUGUGACGUUAAAGGAAUCAGGAGAAUUCUGCUUAUCGCUCCUCGACACCUGUUAAUACGAAUCUUGCUUCACACUUGCCGUUCUUGCAUUCUGUCUUUCGACAUAGAGAUAGUAAAUGCAUUAGUGCAUGAAGUCGGCUUUCAUGUUUUCCACCUGGGAACGAGUAUUCAAAUGCAAUGUCAUGAGAAGAAGAGACUAAGAUAGGAUGAGCUGUUCCGUAGAAUUACGCCAGCGUAGGCAACAGGGGAUGGCGGAGGAUCCUCAUAAACUCGCGGCAAUGAUGAACAAAUCUCAGAGACUCAUAUUAGGACUUUUAAUUCUGUUACUGGUUGACAUAAUUUGGGUGUCAAGCUCUGAGCUUACUAAAUAUAUUUAUAGAGAUGCAACCUUUGAAAAACCAUUUUUUAGUACAUAUAUAAGGACAUCUAUGUUUACCUUUUAUUUGCUCGGCUUAUGCUUUUGGCCACCUUGGCGAGAACAAUGUAAUAGACCUGCAACAUACAUGUUUAUAGAUCCUAAUAUUGAAGAUGAUAACUUCUAUGCGGAAGCUAAUACGAGUCUAAGUGAUCCAACAUUUGUUCCAAUAAAAACUCCGGAUCAUUGUGAUCGCUCAUCGGGUACGGAAAGUGAUGAUUCAUCUAUUCGUUCUGUAAGAUUUAGUAAAUUAGCUGAGGUGCGCCAUAUGUCGGAAAGCGAUGCUACAGAGGCUUUAUUAGCACGACUUAGUUAUCAAGCCAGCGUUAGAGCCGGAGAACACGCGAGACGACAAGCUAACAAAUUCUCUGUACAAAAAGUGGCUAAAAUAGCCCUUUUGUUUUGCUUGUUUGUGGGUAACAAUUGGUUCAUAGCAAAUUACACAUACCAGCUAUCAUUAAAGCAAAUUGAAGAUAAAAUCGUGAUUGUGUUGUCUUCAACAUCUAGUUUAUUUGCUUUAUUUCUUGCUGCCUUCUUUCCCAGUAAUGGAGGGGAUAAAUUUACACUAUCAAAGUUAGCUGCUGUACUUAUUAGCCUCAUUGGACUAAUAUUAGUUGGCAUUUCAGAUUUGACUAUAGAAAACAAUAGCAAGUCAUUGGGCAUAAUAUUAGCUCUAGUCAGUGCUUUUUUCUAUGCUACAUAUAUCGUAUUUCUAAAAAGAAAGGUAGAUCAUGAGGAUAAAAUGGAUAUACCAAUGUUUUUUGGUUUUGUGGGAAUAUUCAAUUUAACUCUUUUGUGGCCUUUCUUUUUUAUCCUUCAUUAUGGUCAUUGGGAAGAGUUUGAAUGGCCCAAUAGUCACCAAUGGACAUUCCUAAUUAUAAACGGCCUGAUUGGUACAGUUCUAAAUGAAGUUCUUUGGCUGUGGGGUUGCUUUUUGACAUCAUCUCUCAUAGCGACAAUGGCUGUAAGCUUAACAAUGCCUAUGUCAAUGGUAGCUGAUGUCCUCUUGAAAAAAGUUGAAUAUCCCUGUAUUUUCUACUUCGGAAGCAUUCCAAUGUUCUUGGCAUUUCUAGCAGUGUCCCUUUUUUCUUAUUAUGAUAAUUGGGAUCCUGUUAUGAACUUAAUGAAAAGAUUUUUUAUUUGGAUUUGCAGAAAAAACAGAUCUACAAGGAUUCCAGAUCUUGAAGCAGAGCAAACAGAAUCUUUAAUAGGGAUAGAUAGUGGUGAUCAUGAAGCUUAAUGAGACAAUAAUGAGAAAAUCAAGAACAUGGUAAAAUAUUUCGUGUUAUAUAUAUAUAGUCAUAAUAAUAAGAUUAAUAAGCGCGCGAUUCUCUCUUAUAAAUACGUGCCUCUCCAUUGGCCGUGAACACCCGUUUCUAUAUAUGUAUAUAUCAUCUCAGUGUCAGUUGUGUUUUAUUAUAUACUGAUAUAACAGUAAUCACAUAAGAUGCUACUUUCUCUGUAUAUGCAUUUCUACAUAUCGUUUUAUUUCGCACUAAAUCACAAAAUAAUAUUACUGCCGGACAAUAAUCAUUGUGGAUCGAUUUGUAACAAACGCAAUUAAUAUGUUUUAUUUCUUCGAGUCUAUUUCUGAAACUACCUCUUUAUAUUAGCGAUUGAUCAAGUGAACAAACUCUGUUUUCAUAAACUUUGCCAUUAAGAUCUGGUAUAUUGUUAUUUCAAAACUAUUUGGAUCUUGUAUUUUAUUCCAUAUAAUCGAAUCGCAUAAAGAGCAAGAAAUUCAGUGUCUUUAACAAAUCUGUAUAUAGUAU